AUGUACAUGUCCUGUGAAGAGAGUGAAAUUGAAAGGAUCUUCAAGACCUUUGCUAUCAUUCUUCCAUUCCACCCCGCGGCCCUGGCACCAGCAGCUGCCCAGAGCGGCGCUCCCAGAACUUACCAGAAGAGCCACCGCUCCCCCCAGGCCGCUCCGAGCCCUGCGGGCGCCGAGCGUGACCCGGCGCCGCCGCCGCAGCUCCACGCCCGCCCCCGGCCGCAGGGGCCUCCCCGGGCCGUCCCUCUCGCCCUGGCUCCCGUGGAUCCCCGCCGCCUCCCACCACCGGGAUGGGGCCGGGACCGUGCACGGGCCGCCCACCCCCCAGGGCCCAGCAGCGCCCCGCCGCACACCCCCCGACAGGCCCGGUUCCCCCGCCGCGGCCGGGUCCGUUUCGCGCUCCCGCACCCCGAUAUCGCGGAGCCGCAGCGGUUGCGGAGGGCGGGCACGGACAGACGGAACACUCACCCUCCGCCACCCCGGCCACCGCCGCCGGGCUCCCCUCACCUCCGUCACGUGCCCGCGCGCCCGCCGCCGCCCGCCUAUCUGCCGCGCGCCAGCCCCACCCCUGCCUCAGCGCGCUCAGCCUCUCCCAUUGGCGGACAGAACAACAUCCCGCCCGCCCAGCUGCCGCUUCUGCAUUUUGAUUGCCUGGCACUACCGCCGCUCAACGAGCCACCCGCCUUUAAACACGCCCCCAACGGCGCUGCCCUUCGUGGAGCGCUGUCAUUGGUKGACGCGGUUGCAGGAAGUGCCCGCUGA